AUGCAAGCCUGGGGCAUGGCGGUGGUGACCCUGGCCAUGUUGAUGGUUGCCGCUGUGGAUGCCAAGAUCUAUGAACGCUGCGACCUGGCAAUGAAGCUGGAGAAGGCGGGCCUCAACGGCUUCAGGGGCUACAGCAUUGGAGACUGGCUGUGCAUGGCACACUAUGAGAGUGGCUUUGAUACCUCCUUCGUGGACCACAAUCCUGAUGGCAGCAGUGAAUAUGGCAUUUUCCAGCUGAACUCUGCCUGGUGGUGUGACAAUGGUGUUACACCCACCCAGAACCUCUGUCACAUGGAGUGUCAUGACUUGCUCAACCGCCAUAUUCUGGAUGAUGUCUUGUGUGCCAAGCAGGUGGUAUCCUCACAGAAUGGUAUGAAUGCCUGGGAUUCUUGGACCCGUCACUGUGCUGGCCACGAUUUAUCUGAAUGGCUCAAGGGGUGUAAUCUGUAUGUAAAACCUAAUGCAAAGAAAGUUAAUUCAGGUUCCCAGAGAUAG